AUGUUGUCCGAUGAGACUGAUGUCGAUGCAUUAAACUUAUCAAUGACACCUGGAGAUAUUACUACUCGAGCUACUGGUGGAAAAGGAAGCGUCAAACGAUCAAGCAACUACACUCAGCAGGAAGACACCCAGCUAUGCAUAUCAUGGGAGAAUAUCAGCACAGAUCCUAUUGUUGGAAAUGAGCAGCUGGGUAUGUCAUAUUGGAAAAGGAUUGCUGAGCACUACCAUGCCAACCGCACUUUCGAAUUUGAUAGGAGUGCAAAUUCUCUUGAGCGUCGUUGGGAUACCAUUAAGAGAGAAUGCAGCAAGUUUCAAGCCUUCUAUGAACAAGUUGAGCGUCGACAUCUGAAUGGCAUACCAUAUAAGGAGCAUCUUCUUGAAGCCCAGACCGUAUUCUCGAUGAAGGACCAAAAGAACAAGGCUUUUCAGUUUCUUCAUUGUUGGCUCAAGGUGAGGAAUUGUCCCAAGUUUCAAGCAAUAGAAAAAUCACAUAAGAGGCUGAGGUCGAGCAAGUUUUCCAUGCCAUUUGGAGGAGGUACUGAAGAAGUGAGAGAUGAGAGUGGUAGGAAUCAAAGUCCUGAUUCACCGCAGGCAAGCCAAAACAAGAGGCCAAUUGGAAGGAAGGGAGCCAAGGAGAGGCUCAAGACCGGAGGAGAUGCAGGACCAUACAAAGAAGCCAUUCAAGAGUUAAUCUUGGAGAAGGAGGAGAAGAAACUAAGGGAGAGGAGGUGGGAGGAGGAGAAAAAAUUGAGGGAAGAGAGGUGGAUGGAGACAAGGGCAGUUCAUGAGUGGAAGUUCUCCUUGGAUGAGCGCAAAUUUAUGUGGGAGCAAGAACAGAAGAUCAUGUUCUGUGAUGUGAAUUCCUUAGAUCCAUAUCAAAAGAAUUAUGUGUUGACUAUGAGGGCACAAAUUGUAGUGGUAGUGGAGGUGAUGUCGGCGGAGGAUACAUUUAAUUUAUGUUUGGUGGAUCUUACUUUGUUGAACUAUGCGGUGUCUUGA